AUGUGCAAUGCAUUUGAUAAGCUUGUUCAACAUCCGAUUCUAUCCAUCAAGACUAUGAAUGGUACUACAAUCCAUAAAAGUAGCAGGUGUAACUUCAAAAUGGUCCCAGUGCAUUCCUUUUUUUAUCUGGGCUCUAUCAUUACAGACGAUGCUGAAUGCAUCAAAGAUAUUAGAGCAAGACAUGGCAAAGCACAAGGUCUUGCAGCCGGUCUGCAAAAAAUAUCGAAGAGCCAUUCCAUAGCAUUAAAUACUAAAAUUCUCAUGCUGUGCACAAAACACCAAUGCAUGGAAAAAGAUUUAACACAAGGAACGCUGUCCGGAUCAAAGCGAAGAAGAAGACAAAGAAGAAGAUGGAUCGAUGACAUAAAGGAUUGGACGGAUUUUAAAAUGGAAGAGUUGCUGAGAAAGACGUAG